AUGUUGGCUUCCCAUUUUGGCUGGGAAGACGCCCUUGAGGCAACACAGAACUGGAUUAAGGAAAGGCACGGCUUCCCUGGAAGACUUCUACGACGAGCUAGGUCGGGUAUGCGAUUUCCCCAGCCCUUCCUAUGGACUACAUAG